UUGAAAUCUUAACAAAAUGGGUUGUGUCAAGAUCAACAUCCCUUGCCUAGAUGAUCAAAAACAAGCUGAUUCUUCUACCAAAACCAGUAAAGAAACGAAAAAGAUUAAUGAAAAGAAGAGUACUGCGACUGCAAAAGGAGGAGGCGUUUUUGUUGUUCCAUUCAAAAGAUGUAUCCAUGGCAUAAAGAAGUUCGCAAAAGAAGAUAAAAAUAGAGUGAUAAUAUUUUCAUUGAAAGUGGGUUUUACUAUUCUGAUUGUAUCUUUGCUAGUAUUGUGCCAAUCACCUUAUAAACUAUUUGGUAAUGAUGUUGUAUGGUGCAUUCUCACUGUUGCUAGUAUGUUUGAAUACACUGUUGGAGACACAUUUAAUAAAGGUGUUAGUCGGGUUAUCGGAUGCUUUCUUGCUGGAAUCCUUGCUGUAGCUAUCGAUCAAGCAGCCAUACAUAGUGGCCCUGUUGCCGAACCUUACAUAAUUGGCGUCGGCAUAUUCUUUUUCGGAGCUCUAUUCACUUCUAUAUUGAAGCUAAAGCCAUCUAUGGAACCUUAUGGAGAUGGUUUUAGAACCAUACUCCUCACGUUCUGCGCGCUUGUGGUCUCUGGUUAUCGUGUUGGACAUCCGCUUAAAACUGCUGUUACUCGACUUUAUUUGAUUUCCAUUGGAGGGCUUGUAGCGGCUCUUGUUAAUAUACUCAUUUUCCCUAUAUGGGCUGGGGAAGAACUGCACAAAGAACUUGUCGAAGACUUUGACUCCGUAGCGGAUUCUCUUGAAGAAUGUGUUAAGAAAUAUUUAGAGGAUGAUGCAUCUGACCAGCCAGAGUUCUCAAAAACGGUAUUAGAUGAAUUUCCAGAUGAACCUGCUUAUCAGAAAUGUCGAUCUGCGCUGGACUCCUCAAAGAAACUUGAAACACUGGCUAAUUCGGCUAAAUGGGAGCCCCCACAUGGGAGAUUUUGUCAUUUUCUCUAUCCUUGGUCAGAGUACGUUAAAGUUGGUACGGUUCUUAGGUAUUGCGCUUAUGAGGUCAAGGCUCUUCAUGGUGUCCUACAUUCAGAGAUCCAGCCACCACAUGUUCUUCCAACUGCAUUCCAGUCAGAGAUCAGAAAAGCAAGCCAUGAAGCAGCAGAACUCAUAAGAUGUUUAGGCAAAGACAUAAAAGAUCUGAAACAUACCCCCCAUACUACAUUACAAGAAAAACUCCACUCCUCAACUGAACACCUCCGCCAUACAACAUUCUCAUGUUCCGAUAGCAGCACAGCAUUAUCUCUUGCAGCAUUCACAUCUUCCGAGAGUACUGCAGCACUGUCUCUUGCGACAUUCACAUCUUUGUUGAUUGAGUUCUUUUCUCGGCUUGAUCACUUGGCUGAAGCUGUCGAUGAUCUCGCAAAAACAGCUAAGUUCAAACCUAAUUAGCAGGGAUGCAUUCUCAAUUGUUUCUGGAUUUUGCAUUUUGAGAGUAUUUGUCGCUCCAAGGACUUCUUCUUAAUUCUGA